AUGGAGUCUGACGCGCCGGCGGCCUCCGUUUCCGUGGGCUCCGCGGCGAGUGCGCCGGCGCCCCUCGCGGAACCCCCCGCGCCCCCGGUCGCUGCCGGGGGCCGCCGGCCUCCGACCGCGGUCGCUGGGGCUCCAUCGCCAUAUGUGUCCCCCCCAGGGGCGCUGGGAGACGCCACGCGCCUCGUCCCGCCGCCGACCGCGACGCCGUGGCCACCGCCCGGACCUCCUCUCUCGGCGUCUGCGUUGGCGUCUCGCGGACUCUCGCCUGCGUCGUUUUUUUCGGGAUCUGUCUCUUCGGCGAACCCCUCCGUGCCCUCUGCGGCGGUGGCGGCCGACCUCCCCGCUUCUCUGCCGUCUCUCGCUCUCGCCGGCUCCGCCCCGCGCGAGGUGUUUCUGGUGUCUCUGUUGGAGCGCGAGGGCUCCGACGCGCGGUGGCUGGGCCUGCUGCUGCGGUGCUUGACGCUGAACGACGUGGCGCGUCUGCGGGGCGUCUGCCGGCGUCUGAAAGCCAUCGUGGAGAAGAAGGGAACAGUGGAGGCGUGCGGCGCGGUCGUUUUGACUCGGCGCUGGUGGGGGAGCUGGGCCUCCUCGCUGUCUGCAGUCAGCAGCGUGAGUGCGGUCUCCAGGGGGGCUUCAGUCCCCUUUUGGCGCGGCGUCAUCACCUCGCCGGCGGCAGCUCUGCGGGAUGUCACCUUCCACAUGGAGGGGGCGCAGGCCAUGUCCGACGUGAAGGCGACCUCCGAGCUGAUUUUUCGAAAUUUCCGCUCACUCCGCAGCUGCGAAAUCCACACAGACCCCUUCCCAGACCCGAUGCAUCGCGGUGGACCUUCCUCCUCGUCGGCUUUCCGCCUCCUGCCGGCGCCCUCGCCGCUGCUCCUCUCGGCCUCCGCGGAUCCCGGAGGCGGGGGCGAGCAGACCUUGGGCGCGGGUCGUGCAGCGGCGCGGUGCGUCUUCUCGCAGCUCGAGACCCUCGUCCUGUCAGGCAUGUGGAGCAUCUACUGGCUGGCUGCCCUGUCGGCGCCCCACAGCGCCCACCUGCAGCCCCCGAGGCUGCCCGCCUGCAGGUCCCUGGAGCUCGUCGUCUCUGACCCCGCCGUCGCGCUCAACUUCGGCAGCGCCGAGCGGAGCGACCCCGCGGCCUUCGACGCCCUCUCGCACGUCUCCCAGCCCGCCGCCCUCUGCGUCCCCCUGGGACCCGCCGCCGCCGUGAUCGUCCCUGCACCCCCGCCGAGCCCGCCCGCCCGAGACCCGCCGGGCGCCCCCCGCCAGCCACGCGGCGGCGCGACCGCGGGGGCCGACGCCCGCGGGCCUCCUAUCCCCGUCGCGCCGGCGCGAGAAGAGGCGGCGCGUGAAGUCGCGCACCGGCGGCUCAGCGUCGAGGGCUCUGCGCCGCAGUCGUCCCUGUCGCCCUCCUGGGCUUCGGCGGAGCAGAGCCCUGGAGCCGCGGCGGCCUCUGCGCCAUUUUCACCCGCCUCGGCAUCUUCAGCUUGGUCGGCAUCGCGCGACAGCUCUGAGGCUCCGCGCGCGGCGCCUCCGCCCCCGCCUGCACGGGUGGUGGUGCUGCCCUCGCAGCCGUUCGACUGGCUGCUGUUCGCGGACAGCAUCUUCGCCGCACUGCCGAAUCUGGAGCGCUUCGUUCUUGACUUGCGCGGCAGCGGAAACGCCCUUCUGUUCCCCCCGAACCACCCCCUGGCGGGCGCGGACUCGCCGCUCCUCGCGCUCUUCAGUCCGCUCUUGCCGGCGGCCCCCUCCGCGCUUUUUUCGCAGGCCGCUUCCGCGCCUCAGGGCGGCGGAGGCCACGACGGCAAGGCGGAGGCGGCGGCCUGCGCCGCCUCCUUCGAGGCGCGGGGCGCUCCAGCGGCCCCUGACAGCACUCUCAACGACGUGCAGGGCUGCCUUCCGCGUGCCGGCAGCUGCGACGCUGCGCAGCCCACCGCCGAAAGGAAGUGCCGCGAGGCCUGCGCGAGAGGCGCCUGGAGCGCUGGCGGGGGCUGCAGCGCACAGCUCGCGCCGGCGGUCCUCUGGUGGCGUCUGGUGCUGCGGCGCUGCAGGCGACUGAGGGAGGUGGUGGUCGCGGCGGACGACGCGGACUUUUUCUACGCCUUCGAAGUCGCCCGCGCGCUUGAGACGCAGAGACUGCGCGAAGAAAACGCACGCGAUGGGGGGAACGGGCUCCGCGAAGGAGAAGGACGCGAAGGCGAGGAGUCGGGGGACGCAGGCGAAGCAGCGCGGCGCGCCAGAGAUGAGCAACAGAGGAGCGCAGCUGCGGGCGCCGGAAAAGAAGAAAGGGAGCAGGCGGACGAAGAGGGAGACAGAGAGGGAGAAAGAGGAAGCAGAGAAAGUGGAAAAGAAGGAGGAGGGAGGGAAGACGAAGUGGAGAGCGAAGUGAGAGGGAGCGGAGUCGGGCACGGCAGGGGGAGGGUCCACGAAGGCGAGAAACGCCGCAGAGAAGACGCGUUGGGCGAGAAGCACGGAGACCAGGAGGCAGAGGAGGAGGCGAACGAGAGAGAGAGAAAGAGGAGAAGAGAAGGCGAGUGUGCCGGAGAGGCUCGCAGGGGCGCAGCAAGCGGGGCGGGGGGCGGCGCUGCCCCGAACGGGGUCGCGCCAGAACAAGGCGCGCAAAGGGGCGAGGGAGACGAGGCGGAGACAACAGAGAGCACCGCGAGCGCGGACGCCGACGAGAAUCUGCCGCGAAACUGCGACGCGCUGCGAGAUGCGCAGAACGGCGAGACAGAGGCCGAGACUGCGACGGCAGAGUGUGGAGACAGCCGCGCAGGUCUGCACUCGCCGACGGGCGACGACUGCAAACUCGUUGAAGGAGAGGCGGCAACGCACCCCCCGUCUUCUCCCUCGGCCUUCGCGUCCUCUCCCUCUGCGCUCCCGGGGGCGGGCGGUCGGACCCCUCUCAGCGGAGAAGACAGCGAGGCCACUCAGCCGGCACGCGACUCCGCAGAGACAACAGGCGCCGCAGAGACAACAGGCGCCGCCGAGACAACAGGCGCCGCGGCAAGAAACGAAGAGCGGCUGAGUGAGCGGCGGCCGCCUCAGGAGGCCGCGCCGCCCCGCGCGAAGGGCAGCUCGGGGCGAUCGCCGCUGGCGGUUUCGCGUGUGACGGCUGUGGGGAGGGGCGGAGGUUUUUCUUCACUCUCGUCGCUGGCGUGUCUGCUGGACGACGAGGAGCUCGUGGCGAACUGUCUGGUUGACGUCGCAUCGAGUGCGGACCCCUCCGAGGGCGUGGCCUUCGAUUUUGCAUGCGGCGUGCGCCUCUCAGCGCGCUUCCUCGGGGUCGACACACUCGCGGAAAUGGUAAACAAGUUGCUGCUGCUGCGCUGGGGCGACCGCCUACGCCGCCCGCGGCCGCGUCUGAGGCCAGUCCGCAGGCAGAAACUCGCCAAGGAGACGCUCGGCGCGACAGACGACGAGGCGUCCGGCGCGGCAUCAGAGGGAGAGGAGGAAAACGGCGAAGGCGAGAGGAGGGACGGCGUGCAGAAGUUCUUCUUGCCGGUCUACGUGCCGAGUGAAGGCGGCGACGCGUCGCUUGACGGCGGAGACGACGACGCAGACGUCUGCACGCUGCGCAACGGAGGGCUGUUUCCGCGCCGCAGCUCGGUGCGGCGCCUCGCGCUCGACAGCUGUACGUACACCGUCACUGUCGCCUGCCACCCAGGUCAGGAGCGAUGCAGCCGCGCGUAUCUCUACCACCUCGCCGCGCAGGCGGGUCUGAGGGUGCGGCAGCACAAGCUGCCUGACCGCCGCGCGGCUCGGACCCCUUCGUCGCCUUCUGCAGCGUCUGCUGCUGCCGAAGGCGUCCCCCAGCGCGACGCGACGAGGAACCCACCCGCAGCCGAGGCGGCGGUGUAUCGGAACUGCGUCCGCGAGUCAGCGAGGGGUUUGCCGUCGUCAUCCUCCUCCUUCUCUCCUCAAGAUGCGUCGUCGGGGUUUUCUUCUUCCUCGUCGUCGGUCUUUGCGAGCCUCGCGGGCUUCCCUUCGUCCGCGGCUCGCCGUUUUUUCGAGGAGUCCUCCCUGCUGCUGCCUUCUGUGCAGUUCGCGGCGCCCGGCGGACGCAGUGCCCGCGUCGCCGUCGCGCGCGACUUGCUGCCUGCGCUCCACCUGCUGGUGUCUGCGCCUCUCUUCCGACGCGCCGACGAAGCAGCGCACAGCGGUCGCCUGCGUGACCAUGCCGCGGAAGAAGACGAGGAAGAACAGGGCGACAGCUACGACGAACUCGAUGGGCGCGCAGACGCAAGGCGCCACGAAGAGGCGCGCGGUGCCCCGAGGCCGCAGCAAGCAAGAGGAAACGAGAACGAGACGCUGGAGGGGGGUUCGUUUCUUUCUCAGAGAGAGGAGGAGAGCGACGCCGCAGACACGCACGCGGAGCAAGACUUCGCGUCGCCAUCUGCUUCCCAAGAGACGCGGCCGCGGUCGUCCCUCGGGCUUGCGCCGCGGGCCUCACGCGAAGAGCGGCGCGGUGGCGGCGAGAGGGGCUUCACCGAAGGCAGGAAUGGAGGAACUGACGGUCGGCAACCUCGCGCCGAGGAGCUGGAGGGGGAGUAUGAAGCGAACUGUGGACGCGACGGCGCCGCGGGAGGCGCGGAAGACGCGAUUUUGGGGGGGGCUGUGAACAGCUCCCAGGCCACAGUUUCUGCUUCGUUCUCGGGCGCGCCGCGCUGCGUGGGUGCGUCGUGCGGUGCUUCGCCCUCUUCUUCGGCUUCCUCGGCGGCGCCGCUGCUGCUGCCGCUCGGCUUCCUGCUGAGUGCGUGCCCGUCGGGGGGCGGGUCGUUCACGCGGCCCUGGGACGUGGAGCGCGAGGCCCUGCUGCAGAUCUGCCUCGAGCCGCGGCUGCGCGCGAGUCUGCGCGGCGUGGAGAUCUUCUUUCGGCUCUCGCCGCUAGACGGCGCCUUCGCCUGCCAGGGCCUGAACCUGCUGCGCUGCCUCACGCGCCUCGCGCAGACGCACAGACGGCGGGCGCAGAAGCGAAGGAGCGGCGUUUCGGCGCGCGAAGCGACGCAGAGGCCGCCCCGCCGCGAAGAAGGCGCCGGAGACCCGCCGUGCGGAGAGGACGAGGAGGGAGCGCCGAGCUGCAGUUCUUCGGCACCGGGAGCGGGGGCGGGGGCGGGGGCGGAAGGAAGCCGCGGUGGAGGCCUCAGGGCCGAAGGGCGGGAGGCGCGCGAGAGUUCCAGCGCCGCGAGAGCGGAACGAGGCGAACGCUCCCCCCGCAGACAGAGUGAGUCGGAGCAGGGGGACACUGACGAAGCGGAGGCGUGGAGCGUCGGCGAGCGUGGCAGUCGCGGUGUGGACGCCUCCGCGCUGUUCCCCGCCGCGCUGGUGGCUGCGCCGCCGCUGCUGCUGCUGCGGAUCGUGAUAGGCGCGGAGCUGCCAGGGGAGAGCGUGCUAGGUGGCGCGCGGCGCCAGGAGGCGAGCUUCCGCGAGGCUCUGCUGGCCUUCCUGGCGGCCUUCGAGGCGCUGCACUUCGUGGAGGUCGAGGCCGUGCACCACCGCGUCCGCGAAGGAGACACCCGUCUCCUCGCCAUGCACUGGCCUCUCGCCCUGCAGCGGACGCACGCGGUCCUCGGCGCGGCGGGUUUCCGCCUGCGCAGCGCGGGUCGCGGCGCGACCGUCAGGGACUUCUUGCGGCUCUACGAGCGGCGUCUCUAG